AUGAGUUACAACCGCCCUCCUCCCAACGUGGGCGACUUGAUCUCCCUCAAGGUGGACAACCUGACCAACCGCAUCUCACACCGCACCCUGAGGCGCAUCUUCGAGAAGUAUGGGCCCAUCGGCGAUGUGUACAUGCCCCGGGACCGCUUCACUCUAGAGUCCCGCGGCUUUGCUUUCGUCCGCUUCCAGGACAAGCGCCACGCCGAGGAGGCCAUGGACGCCCUAGACGGGGUCAUGCUGGAUGGCCGUGAGCUGCGGGUGCAGAUGGCACGCCACGGUCGCCUCCUAGAUUUCCACCAAGGCCGCAGCCAGGAAACUCCUCCCCUGAGUCAAGCACGCCAGAGCCACAGCUUGGUCGCUGCCGCAGGUCCCUCAGCAGGAGCCGAUCGCCAUCUCAGGCCCGAUCUCACUUCAGCCGUUCGAAGCGUCCAUCUCGCUCCUGUGAUAAUUCUCCAUCAUCCUCGAGAUCAAGUUCUCCUGGAAGUACCAAGUCCUCCUCAGAGGCCAGAUCUUCCUCAGCAACCACAUCUACAUCUAGAUCCAGAAGCCUUCCACCAGGAAGAAAGUACAGGUCCUGAGGACAAUCACAGAAUCCCUCCAGGUUUCCAGAAGAGGAAGGAGCAGUGUCAUAUUAGAAAAAUAAUUAACGAACAACCUGAAAACUAG